AUGCGAGGCUUCCCUCCGCCUCCGCCGCCGCUGCUGCUGCUCCUCGCCUGCUGCCUGCACCCUUUGAGCGAGUGUCUCUUUGUGACUGAUUACUUCACCCGGACGCCUCGCAAGCUGAACGCCUUCACCUCAUUUGCUAGCGCCGAGCUCUUCCAUUUCCACGUGCCUGAAGACACCGUGGUGGCCGUUUGGAACCUUAUCACCUUCAAGGAGCAAGGAGGCAGCUUCGGAGACCACUGCCCAGACCGAGACAUCACUGUGUAUUUCAGAUCUGGGGCUCCACCAGUUAUUAACCCCCUGCACACCCGGUUUCCGACAGAUACGAUUGUGCCUGAAUCAUUCACUGUCACUCUGACGUGGACAUUGCCAAACCGUACCACCGGGGUGUUUAAUGUCACCAAUCCACUUCUGGGAGACUGGUUCCUCGCUGCCCACCUACCAAAGGACAAGGGGAAAAUCUCAGUUAAGGGUCUCUAUGAAGAAUGUCAAUACCUCUUCCAGCCUCAAUUGAUUGUGCAGAGAUUGAUUGGCAUCCCUGUGCUGUAUCCUGGUUACGUGAUAGAUCAGAUGAUUCCUGGCCACAACAGAUCAGUACUCUACAAGGUUUUUGUACCAAGCUACAGCUCGCGAGUGACCGUGCAGCUCUCAGACUGCAGUAACAGUAACAGGACAGUGAGGGGCUGCCCAGUGGUGCUGAAGGUCCGGCCAAAGGCCCCGCCACUCCACAACUCCAGCCGGACUGACUGCCGGGACCAGUGGCUCUGUGAGCUGCAUGACGGCACUCCAUUCUGGCAGCAGUGGUACUACAUCCUGGUGGAGAAGACCAUUCGCAAUGUCAAUGUCAACUUCCGGCUCGGGGUUCACAUCAGAGAUUGCUCCAAGCCGGCCGUUUCCAGGAGCGUGUCUGAGUUGAUCACCCCAAAGCUCAACAUGCCUCAGUCGUUCGGUUCGCCUGGUGGCCCGUCCAUUCUCGACACCUUGCUCGUCACGGGACUCGCUCCCCCGGGGCUGAACGAUUCAGAGAGAGGCUCAGCAGAGUGGCCCCCCCAGGAAGGCCCUGGUCAGCGGGAUACAGUUUCUGGGGGACACCAAUGCUGGCCUAUCCGCCCCACCCUCAGGAAUGAGCUGGAUACAUUCUCGGUCCAUUUCUACAUAUUUUUUGGCCCAAACAUCUCUGUGCCUCCAGACAGACCGGCUGUGUUUGGGAUCAACCUGGUUCCAGUUCUGGACAGCGGAGGUGUCCUGAAUAUGGAGCUCAAACUGAACACCUCCUCAGUGAAAGGAGAGAACGUGACAGUGAUUGGCUGCUUGAAUCACGGGAUGCCUUUAGUAUCAUCAGACAACACCUCAAUUCGCUGCGAAUCAGAAACUUCCGCAGGGUUUCUCUUGUUGGUCAACUCUACCUCAAAUGUUACACGGCUGCGUAUCCCUUACCCUCAGACAGGAAAUUGGUACAUCAGUCUACGUUCCCUCUGCUCGACUGACUAUGGGUAUGAAGAGUGCACCAAUGUGACAGCAGAGGUGUAUCUGAGAACAUAUCUGACUCCGUGUAUAAAUGAGUGUGGCACGUAUGGACAGUGCAAACUGCUACGCACCAACAAUUACCUGUACGCUGCCUGUGAAUGUAAAGCAGGUUGGAAUGGCUGGGGUUGUACUGAUAACCUGGAGGCUUAUUCGUACAGCUUCCAGCUCCUCUCCACCCUCCUGCUGUGCCUCAGCAACCUGAUGUUCGUCCCGCCCGUCGCCAUAGCCAUUCGCAGCGAGUAUCUCCUGGAGGCCUCUGUCUACAUUUUCACCAUGUUUUUCUCAACGUUUUACCACGCGUGUGACCAGCCUGGGAUCGUGGUCUUCUGUAUCAUGGAGUAUGAUGUGCUGCAGUUCUGUGACUUCCUGGGAUCACUGAUGUCUGUCUGGGUCACAGUUAUUGCCAUGGCGAGGCUGCAACCAAUCAUCAAGCAGGUCUUGUACUUGCUGGGAGCCAUGUUGUUGUCGAUGGCUUUGCAGUUGGAUCGGCAUGGACUGUGGAAUCUUCUGGGACCAAGCCUCUUUGCUCUCGGCAUCAUGGCCAUCGCUUGGACUGUACGUACAAUCCGCAGACGUCACUGUUACCCUCCGACCUGGAAGCGCUGGGUCUUCUACCUCUUCCCUGGCACAGUCAUCGCCACAUUUGCCGUGGCACUGUACGCCUUCGUGGAGACUGAGGAGAACUACUUCUACAUCCAUAGCAUCUGGCACAUGCUGAUCGCAGGCAGUGUGGGCUUCCUGCUGCCUCCCACCACCAGGCCCGAGGGAGCGGCCAACGCCAAAGGGGUGGUCCCUCUGCCGAGGAAGAGAGGCUGCGGAUACCGCCUCUGUGUCAAUGAGCACGAGGAGAUGGGAUUGGUCGAUCCAAGCCUAGUAUCUGUGAACAGCAUUUGCAGCAGCUGAUGUUGCUGGGAGUUGGACCUGCAGUAAAACAACAGGCAUUCCCUCUCUCUCUCUCUUUGUACACCCACCAUGCCCCAACCUUGAUGAAAAAACUGGGAGAUACGUCACAGAGAACAGAGAGAGAGGGAAAUAUGAACAGGUGCUCUGUACAUAAACCAAACCUGAGAUUGGGCAGCUUCAGAACUUUCCAUUCUGUCAUUGGAAUCUCCACAUGCCUUCUCACCUACCCACUCUUGACCCCCUCCAGAACUAUUUGAAAUGCAAGAAUGGGGAGAGG